UUUGCUGAGGAGAAGCCGGGCUUCCGCGGCAGUCCUCUCUUCCCGAGCUGCUUCUGUAGUGUGAGGAGAUCGAGCUCUGUUCCGUGACUGCUCACCGCACGUUCUGUGUGCGUCUCGUGGUCCCGCCAUGGCUCAGCUCCAGACGCGCUUCUUCACCGACAAUAAGAGAUAUGCAGUAGAUGAUGUUCCCUUCUCAAUCCCUGCCACUUCUGAAAUUGCGGACCUUAGUAACAUCAUCAAUAAAUUGCUGGAGGCCAAAAAUGAGUUCCACAAACAUGUUGAGUUUGACUUCCUUAUCAAGGGCCAGUUUCUGCGAAUGCCUUUGGUCAAGCACAUGGAACUAGAGAACAUUUCAACAGAAGAGGUUGUGGAACUAGAAUAUGUGGAGAAGUAUACUGCACCCCAACCAGAGCAAUGCAUGUUCCAUGACGACUGGAUCAGUUCAAUUGAAGGGACAGAGGAAUGGAUCUUGACUGGUUCUUAUGAUAAAACUUCUCGGAUCUGGUCCUUGGAAGGAAAGUCAAUAAUGACAAUUGUGGGACAUACAGACGUUGUAAAAGAUGUAGCUUGGGUGAAAAAAGACAGUUUGUCUUGCUUACUACUGAGUGCCUCUAUGGAUCAAACUGUUCUGUUAUGGGAGUGGAAUGUAGAGAGAAACAAAGUGAAAGCCCUACACUGCUGCAGAGGUCAUGCUGGAAGUGUGGACUCUAUAGCUGUUGAUAGCUCAGGAACUAAAUUUUGCAGUGGCUCCUGGGAUAAGAUGCUAAAGAUCUGGUCUACAGUCCCUACAGAUGAAGAAGAUGAAAUAGAGGAAUCCACAAAUCGACCAAGAAAGAAACAGAAAACAGAGCAGUUGGGCCUAACAAGGACUCCCUUGGUGACUCUUUCUGGCCACACGGAAGCAAUAUCCUCAGUACUGUGGUCAGAUGCUGAAGAAAUCUGCAGUGCAUCUUGGGACCACACAAUUAGAGUGUGGGAUGUUGAGUCUGGUGGUCUGAAGUCAACUUUGACUGGAAAUAAAGUAUUUAAUUGUAUUUCCUAUUCUCCACUUUGCAAACGUUUGGCAUCUGGAAGCACAGAUAGGCAUAUCAGACUAUGGGAUCCUCGAACUAAAGAUGGUUCUUUGGUGUCGCUGUCCCUAACUUCUCAUACAGGCUGGGUCACAUCAGUAAAGUGGUCUCCUACCCAUGAACAGCAGCUGAUUUCAGGCUCUUUAGACAACAUUGUCAAGCUGUGGGAUACAAGAAGUUGUAAGGCUCCUCUGUAUGAUCUGGCUGCUCAUGAAGAUAAGGUUCUAAGUGUAGACUGGACAGACACAGGGCUACUUCUGAGUGGAGGAGCAGACAAUAAAUUGUAUUCCUACAGAUACUCACCUACCACUUCCCAUGUGGGGGCGUGAAAGUGAAUAAUUUGAUUAUUGAAACUGUUUAUAUAGAUGAAAUUGGUAAAGAAUCAGAUUACAUUGAUGCUGACGCAGAAAGCAGACUUUUAGAUUGAACUUUGCAUAAUGGUUUCAUUCUUCAUAAUAAUUAACAUAUUACUGUCUUUGUUUUCUUUCUUUUGUGUUUGUAAAAACUAAUAUUUGGCCUGCAUUUUCUACCCUCUGCCGACUCUAAAAUUAAAGUGGUUUGAACUUUAAUUUUUAACUUUUUUUUUAACUUUAAAAAAAGAUUUGCUUUUGAAAUGCUUUAAAAGAAU